AUGUUAUUUCUGACACCUACAAGAGACCCCCAAGCCACCUACAAGACACCCCCAAGGCACCUACAAGACACCCCCAAGGCACCUACAAGACUCCCAAGCCACCUACAAGACACCCCCAAGGCACCUACAAGACCCCCAAGCCACCUACAAGACCCCCAAGCCACCUACAGGAGACCCCCAAGCCAUCUACAAGAGACCCCUAAGCCACCCACAAGAGACCCCCAAGCCACCUACAAGACCCCCAAGCCAUCUACAAGACCCCAAGCCACCUACAAGAGACCCCAAGCCAUCUACAAGACCCCUCAAGCCAUCUACAAGACCCCCAAGACACCUACAAGACCCCCAAGCCACCUACAAGAGUCCCCCAAGCCAUCUACAAGAGACCCCCAAGCCACCUACAAGGCCCCCAAGCCACAUACAAGACCCCCAAGCCACCUACAGGACCCCCAAGCCAUCUACAAGACCCCCAAGCCACCUACAAGACCCCAAGCCACCUACAAGACCCCUCAAGCCACCUACAAGACCCCCCCAAGCCACCUACAAGACCCCCAAGCCACCUGUAAGACCCCCAAGCCACCUACAAGACCCCCAAGCCACCUGCAAGACACCCUCAAGCCACCUACAAGGCCCCCAAACCAUCUACAAGACCCCGAAGUCACCUACAAGACCCCCAAACCAUCUACAAGACCCCCAAGCCACCUACAAGACCCCCAAACCAUAUACAAGACCCCCCAAGCCACCUACAAGACCCCCAAGCCACCUACAAGACCCCCAAGCCACCUAGAAGACCCUCCAAGCCACCUACAAGACCCCCACACCAUCUACCCCCAAGCCACCUACAAGAUCCCCAAGCCACCUACAAGAGACCCCAAGCCACCUACAAGACCCCCAAGCCACCUACAAGACCCCCAAGCCACCUUCAAGAUACCCCCAAGCCACCUACAACAUAUCCCCAAGCCCCCUACAAGACCCCCCAAGCCACCUAUAAGAUACCCCCAAGCCACCUACAAGACCCCCAAGCCACCAACAAGAGACCUCCAAGCCACCUACAAGACCCCCAAGCCAUCUACAAGACCUCCAAGCCACCUACAAGACCCAAAGCCACCUACAAGACCCCCAAGCCACCUACAAGACCCCCAAGCCACCUACAAGACCCCCAAACCACCUACAAGUGACCGCAAGCCACCUACAAGACCCUCAAGCCAUCUACAAGACCCCCAAGCCACCUACAAGACCCCCAAGUUACCUACAAGACCCCCAAGCUACCUACAAGACCCCCCAAGCCACCUACAAGACCCCCAAGCCACCUACAAGACCCCCAAGCCACCUACAAGACCCCCAAGCCACCUACAAGACACCCCAAGCCACCUACAAGACCCCCAAGCCACCUACAAGACAACCCCAAGCCACCUACAAAAGACCCCAAGCCACCUACAAGACACCCCCAAGCCACGUACAAGAGACACACAAGCCAUAUACAAGACCCCCAAGCCACCGACAAGAGACCCCCAAGCCACGUACAAGAGACACCCAAGCCACGUACAAGACCCCCCAAGCCACCUACAAGAGACCCCUAAGCCACGUACAAGAGACACCCAAGCCACGUACAAGACCCCCCAAGCCACCUACAAGAGACCCCCAAGCCACAUACAAGAGACACCCAAGCCACCUACAAGACCCCCAAGUCACCUACAAAAGACCCCCCAAGCCACCUACAAGACCCCCCAAGCCACCUACAAGAGACCCCCAAGCCACCUACAAGAGACCCCCAAGCCACCUACAAGACACCCCAAGCCACCUACAAGACACCCCCACGCCACCUACAAGACACCCCCAAGCCACCCCAAGACACCUACAAGACACCCCCAAGCCACCUACAAGAGACCCCCAAGCCACCUACAAGAGACCCCCAAGCCACCUACAAGACACCCCCAAGCCACCUACAAGAGACCCCCAAGGCACCUACAAGACCCCCAAGCUACCUACAAGACCCCCAAGCCACCUACAAGAUACCCCCAAGCCACCUACAAGAGACCCCCAAGCCACCUACAAGACCCCCAAGCCACCUACAAGACCCCCAAGCCACCUACAAGAGACCCCCAAGCCACCUACAAGACCCCCAAGCCACCUACAAGAGACCCCCAAGCCACCUACAAGACCCCCAAGCCACCUACAAGAGACCCCUAUGUUCACAUCCGUAAAGUUAUUGACAAUUCCACUAACCACGCCCAGCAUCAAUAG